GAUUUUUCGAACUGUUGGGUACAUAUCCUUUUCUUGCUGGGUUUCUUUUCUCUUCAGCUAAGCAACCGCCUCUGCUUGAUCUAAACAAAUCUCUUUUUAUUGGGUCACUUCUCUUCACUCUUUUCUUGAUCUCUCUCUUAACUCAUCUUAUUCUCUCUCAACAGUCUCCAAUCCAAAUCAGUGGGCUGUCUCAGUACUCUUUUUUGUUCUCACGUAGCUAUACAUAUAUACAUAUUGUAUAUGAUGGAUGAUGAUCUACCAGGCGGUGGGCAUCAAGAAACAACAGAAAUUGGUGAAGGGAAGCUUCUGAUAAAACUGAAGAUUCCACAGGUGAAAGAAGAAGAAGAGGGACAGAUGUUUGAAAGCUCUCCUCCUCCUCCUCAGGAGAAGGUUAAGAUCAUCACUCGAGUGUGUGAUGUGUGUAACAAAGGGUUUAGCUCCGGUAAAGCUUUGGGUGGUCACAUGAGAAUUCACGUUCAGGCCAAGAAAGAGCUCAAAACCAAUCAACACAAACAACCCCCCGCCAAGAAGGUUAAACAAGAAGAAGAAAAACACCGUGAUUAUGUGAUCGACGACAACAACACUAUCAAUGGGUCUUCGUGUUCUGUGAUGAUGAGCAACAGUAGCAGCGUACCCACUUGUUCGAUUUGUGACAAGAAGUUCCCGUCAAUGAAGUCAUUGUUUGGGCACAUGAGGUGCCAUCCCGAGAGGCCUUAUAGGGGAAUUCAGCCUCGUACGUCGGCGGCGGCGGCGGCGGAUCCAAAAACCAGUCCGUCCUCCUCCGUGUCGGAUUCUUUGCCUCAGAAACUCGAUGAUGAUUAUGAUGACGAUGAUGAUCAGAUUGCUGAUACUGUUACUGAUCUGAAACAGUCCUUACCACGGUGGUCAGUGACCGCCAGGCGAGGCCGGAAAGCCCUCACCGCCGCCUCAGCUGUUUCAAGUUCGUCUGAAGAGGAGGAGAUGCGUGAUGCUGUGGAAGAUCUCAUGAUGCUAGCUCAUGGGAAUUCUUUGGAGUCCGGACUCACACACAAACACGUUGUUGAGGAAUUUGAGGCUACGAAUAGUAAUUCUGGUGAGAAGAAUUGGGUUUCUGAAUCUAAGAAACGAAGAAUAAUGGAGACGAAACCAGCUGGAUACACCAGGGAUUAUGAUGUGAAGACCAGCUGUUUGAUGCCGAAAACAGUGGAUAAAUCCAAAGGAAAAGCAGUGUUUCCAGUUCAGGAGAGCAUGAAUUAUAGAUUAUCUAAUACAGAUUGGCACCACCAAGCAGAUGAGUAUGAUUAUAAGAACUUCACAGAUUAUGAAUCUGACAGCCAAGGCACAGAAGGUAGCUUUCUCAGUGCACAGAACAUAGAUUAUAAAUGUGAUCCUGCAGUGGUGGUUAAGAACAAGAAGAGGAGGAAGAAGAUGAAUCUGAGAGAUUUGGAAUCAUCGGCUCAAGAUACCACUCCAUUGGAUCAUCAUCAGAAGACUGUGAUGACAACACCAGCAGCUGAUAAGUACAAAUGCAGCACUUGUAACAAGUGCUUCCCAACUCACCAAGCUUUAGGUGGACAUAGGUCAAGCCACAACAAAUUCAAGAAUACCACCAUUCAAGAGUCACUAUCUUCAGCUGGUGAGGAUGUCAAUCCGAAUGCCCAGUUCGACGAAGGGGCGGCCAGCUCAAUGCUGGUGCUGGAGAGCACACUGCACCAAUGCAAGAUUUGCAACAAGACUUUCCCUACAGGCCAAGCUCUUGGGGGUCACAAGAGGUGUCACUGGACGGCUCCGGUGGAGGCUCCUGCUCCAGCUCCAGCUCAGGUGACGUCUCCCGGGGAAUCUAGUCAGACGGGGCGGAAAGUGCUCGAGUUUGAUCUCAAUGAGCUUCCUGAAAUGGAGGAGUUUGAAGGGGGUGUUGAGUCUGAUCAUGAUCAUGGAGCUGGUUAUUGUUAUCCAUCUUCCUCUUACAACUCAUUUGCUUGAAUUUCUUCCAGUCUUUUGCAGCUUCUUGGAACUGAGAGGUCAGUAUGUAUCUCAAAUUUUGGCUCGUGAAUGAGUUUAGUUCAGAAUUGUUCCUACCAUUGCUUUCAGGGUGGGGAAGACAGUUGCUUAGAGAGAGGAAGCAUCUUGGUUCUUUCUUGUUUUCUCUAUUAGGGACUUUUUAGUCUUGUCAUUUUGUGUUUAUUUUCUUCAUGGAAACCACGAUGGUCCAAGCUUGCUGUGGAGGAAAAAACCAAAAAGGUUUUUUUUUUUUUUUUUUUUUUUCUUUUUCUAGUAGGAUCAUGAUAAUCAUGUAAAGAAGCUGCACAUACAUAUGGUUCUUUAUUCAAUUAAGGAAUUUUGGUUUUUGAAUUGAUUUAGUUGUUCAACUUUUUGAAUGAAUUCCAAGUUUUUUUGCUCUGCAGUAUGUGACAUGCAUUUCAGGUGGAAUUUGAUUUUUAUUUUUAUGUCAGAUGUGGUUCUAACUGUUCUAGAGUUUUGUUUUACAUUAUAAAUUAUAAUAUAUAUAUGUGUGUGUGUGUGUGUGGUUAUAUAUUUAUUGAAAAUGUGUGAGCGAGUGAACAGAACAAAGUACAUAUAGUGGAGGUCUCCAGAACAGAUAUUGUCAUAUGGCUAGGACUUUAAAGAAGGAUGGGCAAAAGUCAAGAAAUCCCUUUGUCUGCACCAACCUAAACACUUAACUUUCCUUGCAAGUUUAUUUAACUUUAAUUUUUUUUUUUUUCUUAUCUGGACUUUUUUAGAUUAGUAGUAUUUUGCUGAAGAGAAUAAUGUUCUUAAAGAAACACGGAAAUCCCUUAAAAGCUACUUGAAAAGAGAUCGGGGAAACUUGUAUCUAUAUUCCACAAAGAACUAGUUGUGGGGUCACUUUAAAAGGAGGUCUUUGUGUGUAGACUGGGAUGUAGAAUACAUCAUCUUCCCAUGCUCAUGCUUAUUAUAAUAUGAAAGAGUAUUAGAAGAAACUAGAGGUCACUCUAAACAUAUAUAUAAAAUUACAUGAGACCCAAUUGUUAACCUUCUUUUUCCCUAAUUACCCAAUUGUUAAUUUUAUUUUUUUAUUUUUUUUUCUUUUCAAAAUUCAUUUAGAGUUUCCCAGUAUGUGCUUCGCAUGGUUUGAUGUGAGUAGAGCAGAUCUCGGCCCGUUAUUCGUUGUUAUGAGUUGUUCAAGCCUCCCUCAUUUCGAAACAUUCAGACUUAUUCAUUGUGAGUUAUUCGACGUGAAUAAGAGUAGUAGCCUCCACUCACGUUAAUACAGUCAAAGUUA